AGGUGAAAAUGGCGACCACCGUCACUGGUGGUCCGCAACUAACUCGGAGUAUAGAAAGAGUUUUAGAAGACGCACAGCACACAGGAAUUUUAAACAUUACUGGUAGAAAGCUCAAAGAAUUUCCGAAGGCAGCAGCGAAGUAUGACUUAUCGGAUACAGUCCUUGCAGACUUAUCAAAGAAUAGACUAUCAGAGAUUCCGGAAGUGGUGUGCGAAUACUGGUCACUGGAGAGCAUGACAUGUUACUGCAAUAAUAUCAGGGUGAUACCGGACGCUGUCACAAACCUGCAGUACCUCACAAGGUUGAACCUCAGUCGGAAUCAGUUGGCAACGCUACCGGCGUCGCUCUGCAUGCUUCCCAGCCUCCAAGUGCUCAUCGUGAGCAACAACAAGCUAGUCUCCUUGCCGGAAGAAAUCGGACAUCUCACAACACUAAUGGACUUGGAUGUGAGCUGCAAUGAAAUUUCCCACUUACCACUACAACUUUGUGAUAUUGAAAGUCUAGCGGUGCUUAACCUUAGAAAGAAUUUUCUCAUAGAUUUACCAAAAGACCUAACCAGGUUAAAACUGGUUAAGCUCAACAUAUCAGAGAACCGAAUCUCUCAGUUGCAUCCAUCGUUGAUAAAGCUGAUGGACACGCUGGUCGAACUAGUGGUGGAGAAUAACCCUCUAAUAUCUCCCCCGGCGUUGGUUUGCAAUCGUGGCCGGGUUCAUAUAUUCAAGUGCUUAGAGAUCGUCGCCGUGAAAGAAGCGAAGCGUCAUGGCAUACUGACAGAUCAGGAUCUAAAGCAAGUGUUCCGGAAAUCUAGGUCUGCCCAGCCGCUUAGUUCUGAAGACUACAGCCGACCAAGGCAGUCGUCGGAAGAGAAACGCCAGCGCAACCUGGUUGCCUCCAUUGCAGACUCGGGUUACAUCACGACAGAUAGCAACGAGGACAAGCGUUGGUCUAACGAAAGUGCAGAUACGAAUGCGAGCAUAGAGGACUCAAGGAAUCUGGCUCUGCGAGCUAUGGAAGCAACCAAAGAACAUUGGCAGGAGCGAGGGAGGCAGCAGCAGCAGCAGCAGCCACCAUACGAUGCAAGUGCACGGAGUCGGCAGGCAAUUGGGGAGCAGACACCAAUACACCUGGUAGCCAGCAGUCCUGCGUUGCUGGACACGGAUGAAAGGCAAGACGAGUUCACAAAGGAGCUGAGUCGACAAAAAGCCAUGUAUGAAGAACGCAAGAAAAUUGCGGAGAAAAUAAAGCAGACAAUUGCAUCGAAGUCCACGCCUCCUGACACUCCCAACCCACCGGAAACGAAUGGCGAGGAUCCAUUCUCAAAGGAGUUGGCACGCCAGAAACUGUUGUACGAGGAGAAGAAGCAGUCGGCGGAGAAGAUUCGGCGGGAGCGUGCGCGGGAGGAGGAGGACGAGCGGGAGGAGAGGAGGAGGGCGGCCGUGCGACUGCAGAAGGAGCAGGAGGCUCUGAUAGAUCGACAGCGAGAUGAAGCCAAACGCAAGGCCGAGGGAAGUUCAACGGUCGCAGCCGCAUCUCCAUCAAAAACGGCUAAUGGCACAGCACCAGUAGAAAUCAGGACUCUGAAAACCACAACAUUGAAGCGUUCUGGCAGUCCUCACUUUAUGUCUCCUUGGAUAAACGCUGUGAAUCAGGAGAAGACUACGGCAUCUCUCGUCCGUGGCUCUCCCUCGCGACAGCAGCAGCAGCAGCAGCACAGGGUAGCGAAUAGCAGAUCACCUGUUCCAAUUUGCACUAAACAGUUAACGCCUGUGAGUCGGCACACGAGUAAUGCUCAUCGUGAUAGCGAUGUAGACAGCAUGUUUAGCACAGACAGCGGUGCAUGUGACGAGUUCAUGUCCGAGGAGGAGUUCCGCCAGAAGAGGGAGGCACUUGUGAACCAGACGCGGCAGCAGGCGAUGCUAGCGCAGCGCCGUCUGGAGGAGCAGCGAGUUCGCAUGAAGCAGAUACAGAAGGAUGCCGUGCUCAACUACGUCCGUAGGACAUCAACUAGUGGUAGCCCGGAGAAAGAGCUAGCACCCUCGCCCUCACCCGAGCGAGGAUUCAGUCCCCAGCAACAGCUUGCUGCUACCAUGCCUGACAGCCCACAGCAAAGUAACUUGCCCAAGUCUCGACCGGCGUUCACGCCGCCGAGCACGAUGCGAGCGGUGGACGGCGCCGAACCCAGCUUCACGAUCCGACGUCGGCUCGACCACCGCGAUGAGAAACAGCGGCAGAUGGAGCAGCUGCGCCAUAACAUAGAAAGCCGGUUAAAGGUCACGCUUCCAGGUGACCUGUCAGCAGCCUUGCUGGAUGGAGUAGUUCUUUGUCACCUUGCCAAUCAUAUCAGGCCUAGAUCUGUGCAGAGCAUUCAUGUACCGUCGCCCGCCGUGCCAAAGCUGUCUCUAGCCAAGUGCCGGAGGAACGUAGAGAAUUUCGUUGAGGCAUGCAGGCGAAUAGGAGUUGACGAGGAGCACCUGUGUCUUUCCCACCAUAUCAUAGAGGAGAAAAACAUGGUUCGAGUUGGCGCCACCGUGCAACAUAUGAUUGAAUGUGCUAAGCAGACGACUUGCUAGCACUGGCCACCAGGUAGCGCUGCAUUGAGAUGUCAUUCCAUCUGGCUGUCAUUUUCAAGAAAGCUUGUAUAGAAAGGCUCCCAUGCUACGUGCUUGGCGUGUGUAGAGGGAACGAUUAUUUAAUUGUGUAAAAUUUACUCAUGAAACCUCUUGUAAGUUUUACGGUGAAAUCAAAGACGUUAAAUCGGACGUUAAUUUCGAAAGAUAUUUUUUUGCAGUUUUGUUUAUACGAAGAGCAUUCAACGGGAAAUAAUGUUACUGAUACAGAAUAUAUCGAUUUGAGAAGACUUGUGAUUAAUUGGUAUAAGGACUGAAUUUGUUUUUGGAGAUGCCAGUCUGAGAAGUCGAUUCUUCCGAUCAGCAGUUGAAAGCUUACUCGAUUUGUAUAGACAGCUGAAGUCAGAUACCAUGGCCAGGAUUUCCGGGGUUGCAUCAUAGGUUACAGGUACAUGUACACCUGCAAAUGAUGGCAAACUCAACUAGUUCGAUAAUGUUUAUAAAUCAAUAUUAAGAGUGCACUUUAAUAGUUGCCACUUAAGAUGCUUUUUGUUUAAAAAAAUGUAUAGCUACGUAUAUAGAACUUGGGAACCCUGGCCAUGUCAAAGAUGGUAUCAAUGUUUGCCUUAUUAUUUUAAAUGAAUGAGAAGAUGAUGGUUAUGACAGGUCGAAAGUUUUAUUUUGGGGCUGAAAACAUACGCAAGCAUUCAGGUACUGUGUAUAAAGUGUUGCUGCUGAGCUUGUACCGGCUCUUAAGUCUUUACAAUUCCGCAUGCAAAUUCUCGCAGGAAUUUGUCAAAAGGAGCAAGAACCUUUGUUGUUUGGGUUAAAAUACUGGUAAAGUUGUAUAUAUAAUAAUAUGCCUCUAACUUGAAACGCCAUAGAUCUCAAUUUUCUUGCUAAUGCUGUUUGUUUUUGUGCACAACUACAAGCUAGCUAAUAUAUCCACUGUAAAUUUUAUCACCCCUUAUUUAUUUAAUAGCAAGUGGUACGGAAAUUAAAAGCUGUAGAUCAGUUUCUACUGUUCUUUUUAUCGAUUAAUUCUUUUGCUGAGACAAUUAUGGUCGUGCACACUACGUAUUGCCAAUGUUUCUAAACCAUGUAUCUGGUAAAUGUAAUUAACUAACAAUGAAAUCAUGUUACGUUUACCGUGCCAGAAAAAGCCAGAGUUCUUCGUUUUUAUUUGAUUCUGGUGUAUGACAGCGGAGAUGUUUUUUAAUGCUGGUAUUUAUGCUGAGCAAUAAUAUACCCAAUGAGAUGGGAUUUUAUGAGAUAAUGCUAAAAGCGUUUAAUAUAAGCUGGUGUUCUAAGCGAGUGGUUAAAUCGUAAUGUUUUCGAAGGUAUAAUGAAAUUGCAAUCGCGCAGAGUAAUCCACAGUAAUAGCCUGAAGAAUAAUGCAUGGCAUGUUUUCUCAAUCUUCUCAUCAGGUACUCGCUAUAGUGUUAGAGCUGGGUAUCACAGCUGAGUGUGAGAGCCUGCAUACUAUUGCUCUACAGCUUAAAAAUUAAGUGCUUAAUCACCAGUUUUGUUGACUCUGAGGUAAAGAUAGCAGCACCCGUAACGUCGCUUUAACUUAUGAUCUAAGCAGCAUAACCAGCUGUAGUUUCUCGCCGUGCUUAGUAUGCUUGCAUGAUUGCAUUCAGUGUGGCUAGGCUGCAUUCAGUGUGACUAGGCUGCAUUCAGUGUGGCUAGACUGCAUUCAGUGUUGCUAGGCUACAUUCAGUGUUGCUAGGCUACAUUCAGUGUUGCUAGGCUACAUUCAGUGUUGCUAGGUUGCAUUCAGUGUGGCUAGGCUACAUUCAGUGUUGCUAGGCUGCAUUCAGUGUUGCUAGGCUGCAUUCAGUGUGGCUAGGCUGCAUUCAGUGUGACUAGGCUGCAUAAUGCAUUCAGUGUGGCUAGGCUACAUUCAGUGUGGCUAGGCUGCAUUCAGUGUUGCUAGGCUUAUUUCAGUGUGGCUAGGCUGCAUUCAGUGUUGCUAGGCUGCAUUCAGUGUUGCUAGGCUGCAUUCAGUGUUGCUAGGCUGCAUUCAUCGUUGCUAGGCUGCAUUCAGUGUGACUAGGCUGCAUCCAGUGUGGCUAGGUCGCAUUCAGUAUAUAGUUAUAUUGCAUUCAGUGUGGCUAGGCUGCAAUUAAGUGUGGCUAGGCUGCAUUCAAUUUAGACAAUGACGCACUCCUGUUCUGUCCUCUAUAUGCUGUUCGUAUAACGUAAUAAUUGGUCCGUUUAAAUUUGCUUAAAUCCCUACUGUUAACCAUAUCGUGUGAACGAACGUUUUUCCUGCACGCAAAAUAAUGGAUUAUCGGGAAAAAAGUCUGUAAUUGCGUGGGUGUAUGGUGGAGGCUCGUUGAACAGUGGUCAUGCUUAUAGAGAUAAUGUUGCAUCGGAGUUCGCGGCCAUAUAAUCGUGGCCGACUCCGAAAGUGCAGCAAAAAUUUUAGCUCGCAAGUCGCGGAGUCAAAGUAAUUUAACGUUCCGUUGUUUUCAUCGCUACGCUUCUGUCACCGCUGUAUCUAUGUGGACCGCUUGCGAGUCUCACAGACGGGUUUUUAAGCACUAGAAUGGAGGCAGGUGUUUCUCCAUGGAGAUUUUAUCCGUGUGCUUAUAUAAAAUAAAAUGUAGGUUUAUGUUUUGUGCCACAGAGGCCUUUAUGAAUUUCUUGAUGGCGAUCGACUCGUCCGAACAUGUUUUUUACGUUUUGAUCACACGGGACGGUGAUGCCUUGAAGGUUAAUUAAGAUUACAGUCAAGGACGCGUGACCGGACGAAGGAAAUUACAGUUAUAUGAAUUUGUGGUGUGAAGUUUUUGGAUGAAAAACCCAGGGUCGAAUGGCUUUGGUCCGUAUCGGGCAAUGGGUCGUGUAUGGGUUUAUAUAAGAAUGAGGAACAUACAUUUGAAAUGCAGAGGGGAUCGAGUGCAUUGAAUAGAAUGUGAUUUUACUUUGUAAGCAAGAGCCUGAGUUGUAGCUCAGUAAAAUGUAAUAUAGAGCUUGAUUAUUAUUAGCAAACAAUAGUUCCACAUUGCCGGACUUUUAACAUUUACCUAUAACAACAGUAUUUAUUGCAAUAUUUGUUUAUGUUGAUAUAAACUGAUUAAUUAUAUUAUUAUGUAUAUAUGCUGGCAUACAGAGUGUGAGAUUCUGAAAUUUGUUCAUAAAUUUUAUCCCAAUUCCCGUUUUUGUAUUACAUCCUGUGUAUCUUUUUCGACCGCGUUCAUAUUGAUCGAUGGCCCCUAAGAUAAAUGGUUAUCGUGCAAAUGCUAUCAACGUUAUCGGAGAAUACAUAAUUUAAUAAGAGAAUGUUCGUCAUUACUCUCCCACACUUUUUGCAUCUUGCACGCGCUACCGACCAGGUUGGGAAUUUUUGUUAGAAAAAUCGUUUUGUUUGGUAUCUGGGAUGCCAUAUCGUUUCUCUAGCAACACCCACCACAGACUUCAGAGCCUCACACUAAUGCCAGAGCAUGUAGAUCAUGGACAUUUAUGUGCUCUACUGUCAACUAGUGUAACAGAGUAUUGCAUCGGAGGGUCGGCCACACGUCUACGGUGGGUGGGAUGCCGUCACGCACUGUUAUAAUACACACAGCUAUGCUCUUGCAAAUUCAAAUAAUUUUUGCUGCUGUACAUGUAUUGAAAACUGUAAGUAAUAUUUUGUAAAGUAGCAUAUUAUAAUACAAAAUGAUAUUAUUAAAAAAAUGAA